AUGCAGUUCACCAUCGUCGCCGCUCUUACCAUGGCCAUCGGCGCCCUCGGAGCUCCCCAGCUCGGCGGUCCUCCUACCGGCGGUAUCCCUCCCGUUCCCGGUGAUGUCACUGUCGGUCAGGCUGGUGACACCUGUGGCUCUGACCUCGACCUCAGCUGCUGUGACAAGGUCGACCAGUCCGGCGAUGCCAUCAACACCGCUGAGGGCCUCCUCGCUGGUCUCCUUGAAGGUGGCUUGGAAGAUGCAACAGUUGGUCUGUUCGACGGCUGCUCCAAGUUAAACGUUGCUGCUGUCAUUGGCCUUGCGGAUCUCCUGCACAGCCAAUGCAAACAGACCCCCGCAUGCUGCCAGCACUCUGGCCAGGAAAAUGAGGGUCUUGUCAACGUCGGUGUCCCUUGCAUCGCCCUCGGCAGUCUCUUGUAA